AUGAAAGACCUGGGGGAACUAAAAUAUUUUCUAGGAAUUGAGUUUGCUAGAUCACAGAAAGGAAUUGUCAUGCAUCAAAGGAAAUAUGCACUGGAAUUAAUUUCAGAGGAUGGACUUACUUCAACAAAACCAACAGUAACUCCUAUUGAUAACAAUAUCAAGCUUACUUCAAAACAGUAUGAUGAGCAUGCCGGACAAACAGAAAACUCAGGAAGCAGUGAUCCAUUGGUUGAUCAAACCUCAUUGCAAAGGCUGAUAGGAAAACUUCUCUAUUUGACUGUAACUAGACCUGACAUUGCAUUUGGGGUUCAAACUCUAAGUCAGUUCCUUCAACAGCCUAAAAAAUCUCAUAUAAAAGCUGCCUUGAGAAUUGUCAAGUAUAUUAAGAAUCAACCAGGUCAAGGAGUGUUAUUGUCUAGCAGUCAGAUUAAUACUAUUACUGCAUUUUGUGAUACAGACUAG